GUGCUAGAACAAGAUGUGGUUCUGCAAUCUAUUGAUAGAGCUAUUGAAGCCAUUCAUAAUGAGGCAAUGAAGAAUGGAGGAAAAUACAACUUGGAACAAAGGGACGUCCUUCAAAAAUUGAUCCAUCAUCGAAAGGAAACAGUUUCCCGCAAAGGACCUUCACCGUCCACUCAAGGAAUGACCCCAUCCACCAGUGAUCACCAUCUGGACCUAGCUAGGCAACCCAAUGGUGUCUGCAGAACUGGAUAUGAACGACAACACAGUUUGCCUAACAAAGACAUCCAGGAAGAAGAAGGUCACCUUUACCAGAUUUCUGCGCAGCCAUGCCGUGCCACUCCUCUUAUUCCUCCACCACCAGAGAAACGGAAGAAUGUUCAGACCACUGCGCCUGUUAAAAAUGCAGUUGGAAUCAUUUCUGGGUCAGUUUCUAGCGCCUCUACUGAAAGCACAACUUCACUGGAUACCUUGUACACGGGUUCAACAGAGUCAGGUCUCCCUACUGCUACACCCAGCCCCAACAAUACUCCUCCCCCUGUUCCUAGCAGAGGGGCCCUCACCAUGGCAUCCUCUAGCUUAGAAAUUAGUCCUGUAAUGCAAAGAAAGCAUGGGAGUGCCAGCAAAUCCCCCCAAACCAAAAGGGCUGCUCCACAACCUCCUGCCCAAAUGGAAGUUCCUGAUGCAGGUGGUGAAAAGACCUUAGAAGCAAAGAAGACCACACCAGCCACAUCUACAGGGGUGGAAAACUUUGAUUCUCUUUGCCUAGAAGAUGACAAGGCAGCCGAUACAGAGGAGGUGGAGCAAGAAUCAUCUGGUCUAGUAACCACCGUGCCAAAGACGAUAGGGGCUGAGUUGAUUGAGUUGGUCCGCAGGAACACAAAUCUCAGCUAUGAGCUCUCCAGAGUUGCCAUAGGGGUAGUAAUUGGGCAUAUUCAGACUUCUGUUCCAGCCCUCAAUAGCAUCAUGGAGCAGAUUCUCAUCUCACUGGUGGAAAGCAAGGAUCUCUGUUCAGGUUUGCCUUCUGGCCAGAUUUGUCAUGAUGAAGAGAGACUGAAGGUGAUAUUUACAGAUCUGGCUCGGCACAAAGAUGAUGCCCAACAGCGCAGUUGGGCCCUCUAUGAAGAUGAAAAUGUCAUUUGCUGUUAUUUGGAAGAAUUGCUUCAGAUUCUGACAGAUGCAGAUCCAGAAGUAUGCAAGAAGAUGUGCAGGAGGAAUGAGUUUGAAUCAGUAUUAUCUCUUGUGACAUAUUACCAGAUGGAGCACAGAGUUCCAUUACGCCUGCUGCUUCUGAAAUGUUUUGGAGCCAUGUGCAAUUUGGAUGCUGCUAUUAUUUCUGCUCUGGUUAAUUCUGUUUUGCCAAUGGAGCUAGCCCGAGAUAUGCAAACUCAUACCCAAGACCAUCAGAAGAUGUGUUACUCUGCACUGGUGCUGGCAAUGAUAUUUUGUAUGGGAGAACCUCUGCCAUACCAUCACUAUGUUCCAGAGCAUAAUGUGAUCAUGGUUACUGUGAAGAAGCACUCUAACAUCAAAAUAUUUACAGAGAAGCUGCUACUGCUUCUGAAUCGUGGAGAUGAUCCUGUGUGCAUCUUUAAACAUCAGCCCCAGCCUCCACAUUCUGUGUUGAAAUUUCUUCAAGACAUCUUUGCUUGCAAGGACACUGCAAGCAUCUUCUACCACACAGACAUGAUGGUAAUGAUCGACAUAAUUGUGCGACAGAUUUCGGAUCUCUCCCCUGGAGAAAAG